CAUUUAUCACGCGCAGUCGUAAAAGAGAAUGGAGUCGUACAUGUAAUGUCUGCUCAAGCGCGUACAUUUUGCUUUUCUGAAAUAUCAAAGCAGCGAUAGUUACGCGUAUUGUUACAGCGACGGCUGACAUUACGUACAUAGAAAAUUACUUUGCUUUUUUUUUAACUUUUAACUAAAUCUGUUGAUACGAAUAACCUAUAUUCGUUCCGCAAGAUGGAUGACAAAGAUCCUACAAGUGUAAUAAAAAUGAUAAAGGACCUUCGAUCUGGAUCAGAAGCUUAUCGCCGGAAUAGUGGAGUUUCCGUCCGUCUUUCUGGUACAGCAUAUAAUCCACCAAUGUUUAAUAAUAGCGAUGCAUGCAGUAUUUCUCCGAAACGUCAAAAACUGGACGAUACAGCUGCCAGUAAUUCCAUAUCAAAUAAAAGCGAUAAUGAUCCUAUGCCUGGUAGUCCAUGGGAAUGGAGAAGAUUAAAAGGAGAAGUAGUUUCUUUAAAAACAAGACUGUCGCAUCAAGAAGCGGCAGUUCAGCAACUUCAUAAAAUACGAAGACAAAUGGAAGAAGUAUUUGAAAAAGAAAAAAGUCUUUUAGAAAUGCAAGUAGAACAAGAAAAGCAGACCAUUAAACAACUAGAAGUGCGGUUAGACGUUGCUAGAAGAACCAUUCAAGAAGCACGUGAAGCACAAGCUGUGUCGGAGAAAGAACUAUUUCAGGUAAAAGUAAAUUUAGAACAAAAAACUGUAACGCUAUUAAAUGAAAAUGCAAAACUUUUGGAGGAUCUUAGAAAUGCGCCUGCACAAGAGAAAACUACUCCACCAAAGGAUGACAUAGCUCAAGCGGAUGCUCAAUUGAAGUUACAAGCUGCCGAAGACAGAAUAACUCAAUUGGAAGAAAAAUUAAGGGAAUGUAGGGCGUCUCAGAAAGACUACGAGUUACAAAACGUAGAACUUCAAAAUUUGAAGAUUAAAAUGGAGAAGUUAGAGUCGGAAAAGGCACUCUGGGAGGAGGGUAAACAAUUAGUUGCAAGAGCAGCAAAAGCGAGUGAACUCGAAAAAGAAUUGAAUGUAGCUAGGGAUACAAUAACAGUUUUAAGGGAAUCGGUUAGAGGAAAAUUACUUCUAGAGGAACAAAUGGCUAGCAUAACUAAAAGGUUAGAGCACACCGAAAAAAUUGAGCAGCAAGUUGCGAUGCUUGAGACGAAGCGAUCAGAGUUAUUGCUUCGUCUUUCGGAAUACGAAUCUAUAGGGAUUAAUGGUGGACCAUCUACGUUAAAACGUGAAUUAAAUCGACUUCAACAAGCAGAAGCAGUUUUAAUGGCAGAAGAAGGUCAGCUCAAAUCCAAGCUGGAUGCAGCACAAAGGGAGUGUCAAAAUUUGUCAAAGAAUUACGAGCAGGCUAAACAAUUGGCCGUAGAUGUGACAUCAUCGAAAGAAAAAUUAAAUAAGUUAGUUAGCAGAUUGCAAAAAAAAAUGAUGCUUGUCACAAGAGAAAGAGACAGUUAUAGACAACAAUUGGAUUUGUAUGAAAAAGAAAUGACAGUAGACAGUAGCAAUGCGAUGCUUGAGAGAGUCCCUGCAUUAGAACGCACUAUCGAAGGAUACAGGGAUUUGAUUGCCAAAUUAGAAGCGGAUCUGGAAUCUGUAGAAGGUAAUAAUCAAAAGGAGGAAUGCAACAAGUUAAGAGAAGAGAUCGAAAGGUUAAAAGGAGAAAUAGAACACCGAACUUUGAAAGGUGAUUUUAACAGUAAUGCUAGGGUAUUACAUUUUACUAUGAAUCCUGCUGCAAUAGCGGAACAGCAAGCCGAGGAGAAGCAAAAGGCCUUAUUACGUGAGCUUGAAGAAUUGAGAGCUAAAGUCGCUGCAGGCGGUGCAGGAACGAUAGCGUCCUCAUUACAAAUACAAGAAAUUGCUGAACUCAAACAAACUCAUGACAUAAAGAUUGCACGUCUGAAAGAAGCCUUUAAAGCGUCUUCUCAAGAGUACAGGCAAGCGUGUUAUCAAUUAUUUGGUUGGAGAGUCGAUAGAACUAAAGAAGGACGUUACAAAUUGUCCAGUCAAUACGCCGAAUCGCCGGAUGACUUUCUCUUCUUUCACGUUGGCGAGGAAGGAGUUGACUUACUGGAAACUGCCUUCUCCGCGACUCUUGGUACUUUUAUCGAGCGUCAUUUACAGAGACAACACAGCGUUCCUAUGUUUCUUAACGCAGUGCAAUCGGAACUCUUUUCACAGCAAACGAUGACAAAUGUCAUGAAUUAAUUUUAUUUAUAUCGUAAUUUUAAUUUACUAAAUGCAUAAUUACUUAUUGUAUAAACUAUUCAUUUUUAUGGAAUUGAAGUAUAUUGCAACAC